AUGCCGUCUCUAAAGCGCCCUCAAGCGUCCCUACGGACCACAGACUCUGAUGACGAGAGCGAAUCGGGUGCCUCCUCUACCCAUCAUUACUCGCAAAAACGCAUUCGGAGAUCGAACUCCCUGGCCACAGAUGACAACAGUGGGGCCAGUGCCGAUGACGAUGAAGGACUCGAUACUGGCUUGAUAAACGAGGCUCUUGGUGAUGAGGAAGAUGACCUGGAGCUACGUGCGACGCAGGUGAUCCAGGAAAAGUACUCUUUUGCCAGUGAUGAGCCAAAUGUGCCUGCCGAACACGGCAUCCUUGAGCGGGUGGAAUGCUAUAACUUCAUGUGCCAUGAUCGCUUCUAUGUCGAGCUAGGUCCGUUGAUAAAUUUUAUCGUUGGAAAGAAUGGCAGUGGAAAAAGUGCAGUCCUUACUGCUAUCACACUCUGCCUCGGUGGAAAAGCAUCCGCCACGAAUCGGGGUCAGAGUUUGAAAAGCUUCAUCAAAGAAGGAAAAGAGACGGCUACAAUCGUUGUACGAAUCAAGAACCAAGGCGAUGGUGCUUAUAUGCCGGACGACUACGGGAAAGCGAUCGUCGUAGAACGCCAUUUUACGAAGAACGGCACCAGUGGCUUCAAGAUAAAAGCUGAGAACGGACGCAUAGUUUCCACGAAAAAAGCAGAGCUGGACUCCAUUAUUGACUUUUUCACUUUGCAAUUCGACAAUCCGAUGAAUGUGCUCUCACAGGACAUGGCUCGUCAAUUCCUUAGCUCAUCAAGCCCUGCUGAGAAGUACAAGUUCUUCGUAAAGGGAGUUCAAUUAGAACAACUUGACCAAGACUAUCGACUGAUCGAGGAGUCUGCGGAUCAGAUAGAAGAAAAGCUCAGGAACAGGGAGCAAGACAUUGCGAUCUUGAAAAACCGCAGGGAUGUGGCAAAACAAAAGCUUGAUAUAUCUGAUCAGCAUGAAUCUCUCCGGAAUCGGCUCCGGAAUACCCGAAGUCAGAUGGCUUGGGCGCAAGUUGAAGAGCAAGAACAGAUGAAAAGUUCCCUUGACGAUGAACUCGAUCGCUCCCGCGAUAGGAUAACAGUCGCCGAAACUGAAUUGCAAGAGUUUGAUGCAGCUAUUCGGGCAGCUGAGAGUGAAAUCGAAGCUGCCUCCGAGUAUGCUCAGCAAGCCAAGCAGAGAGUCGACGAUGCAGAGACGGAGAAGGAGGAAAUCAAGUCCGGGUGGGAGACCAAACUGAGCGAACGACAUGACCUUCAGGCUGAGCAACGUAAGAUAAGAGAAUAUCUGAAGGCAGCAGAAUCACGAAUCAGUGAAACGCAACAGAAGAUCAGCGAUGAAAAUCAGCGAUUGGCCGAGCUUCAUGGGGGAAGUUAUACUUGGAAACAAGAACAAUUAAAGGAGGUUCAAAACGAGGCUGCCCUGCUUCGAGAACAGCUUGAGGAGCACCAAAGCGAACAUGGUCGCCUCGUUAAAGAACUUGAAGAAGCCAACAAGGCAGUUGAUAGGGCAUCUGCGCCAAUCAACAAAGCCAAAGUAGACGUGGAGCAGGCUGAAGCUCGUUUGAAGAGUCUCAGCGAAGAAGGGGGGGUUAGAAACUCGGGGUUUCAUGCAAAAAUGCCCACUCUCCUCAAGGCAAUUCACCAGGAACGAGCAUUCAAUAAACAGCCUGUUGGACCCAUGGGGUACCAUGUGAGUCUGUUGAAGCCCGAAUGGUCAUCGAUACUCGAGAACUCUUUUGGCACAACCUUGAACAGUUUCGUUGUCACGUCGAAAAGAGACAUGAAUCUGCUUUCGAGGAUCAUGGAAAGGGUCAAUUGCGUGUGUCCAAUAUUCAUAGGGAGCGACGGGGCUCUUGAUACAUCGCAAAACGAGCCAGACCCUCACUUUGACACGGCCUUACGAAUCCUCCAAAUCGACAAUGAAUUAGUCCGCCGACAACUGAUAAUCAACCAUGGUAUAGACCAGAUGCUAUUGAUUGAAAGACUGGAAGACGCAUCUGCUGUUCUGUUCGAUGGACAAAGGCCCAAGUAUGUAAAGCGCUGUUAUUGUAUUGAUCGAGCAGACAGACGGCGUGGCAUUCAUCUCUCUUACAGUAGCACUGGCGAGCCAAGUCAGGCCCCUGUAUCGGCGUACAACGGAAACCCGCGGAUGAAGUCUGACUUAGCUUCCCAGAUCACAAUUCAGCGCGACGUGGUGUCGGAUCUGAGACGCAAUCUAAAUAAUCUAGAGAACCAACUCCGCCUUGCUCGGUCACAAUCGGAGAGUUGCAAGCAAGCUCGUACAAGACACGAAAGAACAACGGCUGACUUACGCGUUUCCAUACAACAAAAAGAGGAUCUUGUCGAAGAACUUUCAGCUGCACUUGAGAAAGAGUCGGCAGAAGAUGGACAUCUUGAUGUGCUGCGGACCACUCUUGAAGAGGCCGAAGAAGAGAAACGUCUUAACUCGGGAUCGUUACAGGACAGCGUCAGUGCUAUGGAAACAAUGAUGAAGGAGUUAAAAGCAACAAAACAACAGCUCGCCGCGAAAGAUGCCCAGAUUGAGGCUUUAGCGGAACAACUCCGAGUUGCUCGGAGCGAGGAACUCCUAGGUACAGAAAAGCGCCGGGGCAUCAUCAGCGACAAGAAUGUUGCCCUUGAUCGAAUUCAAGAUUUGAAGCGAGAAAGCGAAAAAGUCGGUCGUGAACAAGAAGAGGCUGCUGCCCGCAUCCUUGAUUACAGUGAGAAAGCUAGUCUCGUUUCACCACGAGUAGUCAUCCCCGAAGGUGAAACACCUUCCAGUUUGGACAGAAAGCUGGAGAAGCUUCAUAACGAUGAACAGCGCUACAAUCAGCAGUUAGGAGCAUCUCGUGAUGAGAUUGCCGCUGAAGCCGAGAGAACGGCCGCUGAUCAUGAGCGAGCAUUGAGACAAGUACGAGAGUUCAAACUGCUUGCAGAUGUUCUCAAAGCAACUCUCGAGUACCGUCAAAAGCGUUGGAAAAUCUUCAGGUCACAUAUUUCGUCCCGCGCUAAAGCUCAAUUCACAUACCUUUUAAGUGAAAGGAGCUUCCGAGGCCGACUCUUAACCGACCAUGAAAACAAACUACUUGAUCUACAGGUCGAGCCUGAUAUUACGAAAGACAGCACUGGUCGUGGUGCCAAAACUCUCUCCGGUGGUGAGAAAUCGUUCUCCCAAGUUUGCCUACUCUUGGCACUUUGGGAGGCCAUGGGAUCUCCAAUCCGCUGUUUAGAUGAGUUUGAUGUGUACAUGGACCACAUCAAUAGAAAAAUGGCCAUUGACAUGCUUAUGCUCGCUGCGAGGCGGUCAAUUGGACGGCAAUUUAUUCUUAUCACGCCAGGCUCAAGAGCUGAAAUCAGCUUAGCACCUGACGUUCGAGUCAAAGAGUUGGCUGAACCCGAGCGAGGGCAGACCAGGUUGUCGUUUCGACCUUGA